GGGCUGAGGCCGCCCACAGGCCGCCCAAGAUGGCGCGCAGGGGCGGGGGGAACGUGACUCCGCGCCGCCCCGUCACAGGGGAAGGGGAAGGGAAAGGGAGCGCGGGCGCAACACCGCCGCCGGGCACCCUUUGCUGAAGUUCCUGAGGGGAUGGAGGAGAUUCUGCGGCGGGAGCUGGGCACUUCGGUGCUGCGGCGUGCGGGCCACUCGGGAGGCGGCUGCAUCAGCCAAGGGGAAAGCUUCCAUACCGACCACGGCCGCAUCUACGUGAAAGUCAAUUCCCGCGCUGAGGCCAGAAGAAUGUUUGAUGGAGAAAUGGCAAGUUUAACUGCUUUGCUGCAAACAAAUACAGUGAAAGUUCCUAAACCUAUGAAAGUUAUCGAUCAUCCAGAGAGUGGUGCUCUAUUUGUGAUGGAACAUUUGGAUAUGAGAGGUUUGAAUAGACAUGCAGAAAAACUUGGAACCCAGUUGGCUGAUCUCCAUCUUCAUAAUAAAAAACUUGGGGAGAAGUUGAAGAAAGAUCGAAACACUAUUGGGCAAAGUGAAGAGCAGACAGGCGUCCAAUUUGUGGAAAAGUUUGGGUUCCACACAGUCACUUGCUGUGGUUAUCUUCCACAGGUAAAUGAAUGGCAACAGGAUUGGGUGAUUUUCUAUGCAAGGCAGCGAAUUCAGCCUCAGAUGGACAUGAUUGAGAAGAAUUCAGGAGACAGGGAGGCGAAAGAGCUUUGGGCACAGCUCCAGCUAAAGAUACCCAGUUUGUUUGGUGACAUGGAGAUCAUUCCUGCUCUUCUACAUGGAGAUCUAUGGGGAGGAAAUGUAGCUGAAGAUGACUCUGGGCCUGUUAUCUUUGACCCUGCAUCUUUCUAUGGUCAUUCAGAAUAUGAGUUAGCAAUUGCUGGGAUGUUUGGUGGGUUUAGCAGUUCGUUUUAUUCCGCCUACCACAGUAAAAUCCCCAAAGCACCAGGGUUUGAUAAGCGGCUCAAGCUGUACCAGUUAUUUCACUAUAUGAACCACUGGAAUCACUUUGGAGGAGGAUACCGAGGCUCCUCUAUCAAUAUAAUGAGAAAUCUGGUGAAGUGAUUUCCCACCUCGGAGUUUUGUAGCCCGGUGUGGAACUAUAGGUCCAUACUCCUUGGUGUUUCUGUUGCACUGAUGUGAGCAUGUUAUCAUCGAUCCCAACCUUGCAUCCUGUUUCCCCAGCCAAAGGACAAGCCCUGAUGAGUCCUAGGUUUGGCUUUUCAUCAUUGCCAUUGAUCAAAUGGCUACCUAAGGAUAUAAUCUUAUAUUUGGCCUUUGGUACCAAGGAGGAAAACCUGAUAUGGCUUCGGUAAUUGCCAUUAUGUAUUGUCAACCACCUGUGAUCGCACAGGUAUAUUCUAAGGAUAAUACAAAAUCUUAGUUAAUGGCAAGGUGUUUUUUUCCUUCAUAAUGGCACACAUCAUUUAGGAAU